AAUCAUCGAUGGAAACUCGCUAUAAAAUCUCGGGCGCGAAAGCUUCUCACUUCAGACAAGAUUUUUGCUUUCGAGAUUGCGGACCUUGUCUCCUCACUACCUCGCUACGAUGAAGGCCUUCGCUCUGCUGUUCCUUGCUGUCUUCUCGCUGUCGUGUUGGACAGCAGCUGACGCAGGACGUGGGGACACGCUCCCGAGCAGCAACUAUAGACUGGCAGCCAGGCGGGGUGACACCGCUACAAACUACCGGAGGGGCCCUGGAUGGCACCGCGGGCGAGGUGACACAAGCGCCCCGAGAAGCUACCGAAGCCGGGGCGAUACGAGUAUGAGUCUCGUCAGCCCUGGUGCGAAGCUCGCCCGCACAGCCGUCGGAGCCGGGGGGUCACGAGGAGACAUGUCGCUGUUCGGAGAGAGCCGAGAUGGGCCGAAAGCUGGCUUCGGUGGAGUCGUCGGGGACCGUCGGAGACCGAGCGCAGGCCGAGGCGACACGAGUCUACCCGGCAGCUUCUCGAAGAGCACCGAUCAAAAGACGCCAGGUCUGAGAAUGACGAACUAUGUCAACAGUGAGGGAAACUGUGUGUACACGCUGUAUCGUCCCCGUGACGUCAUCAACACCAGCCCCACCUGUCCACCAAUGGCAGACCGGGACGCCAUGUGGCGCGUACAGGACGACCUGGUGGCACAGCUGGCUGCUGCGCGUGCGCAAGUGGCUAAACUCACGUCAGAGGUGGGUCAGUUAGAGAAUCGUCUGGUGGAGAAAGAGCGCCAGCUAGCGAAAGGAAGAGGCGAUGCAGAAGCCGAACUUGCACCCUGAAGCAGACAUUGUACAUGUUUAUCUAGUGUCGUGAUUGACUCGUGAAUAUUGUUUCA